AUGGGUUUUAAUGUGCUCUUCAUUGAUUCUUAUGAUUCGUUUACAUACAAUUUGGUGAAUCUCAUUCAAGCUCAAAACGAAGAUAUUCGUAUUACGGUUAUUCAUAAUGACACCUUCGGAAAGUUCGAGGAUUUGAAGAAGUAUUUGGUUGCUUUUCACUGCAUUGUUGUUGGACCGGGACCAGGUAAUCCGAAUAAUGGUGUUAGUGAUAUAGGACUUCUUGUUGAUAUGUUCAAUGGCGAACUAGACGUUCCAGUGCUGGGAAUAUGCUUGGGCUUUCAAAUUAUGUGCCGAGCCGCUGGUGCGAGAAUUGAACAGCUACAUGAAAUCAAGCACGGUCAAGUUUAUGAUAUCAAUCUCAGGAAAAACGCAGGCCAGCUUUUCGAAGAGUAUCCCGAAAGUUUCAAGUCGGUGCGGUACCACUCAUUACAUGCUGUGGGAGCCACUGAAAAACUUAUACCGCUCUGCGAGACCCAAGACGAAAAUGGACACGUGCUGAUGGGAGCUCAGUACGCGGGGAAACCCUUCUAUGGCGUUCAGUACCAUCCAGAAUCGUGUUGCUCGGAGCUCGGCGGACAAUUGAUCAGAAAUUUCUUAAAAUUAGCAAACAAGUACAAUGCUCAAUGUCGCAGCAGGAGCGCUCUUUUACCCGAUGGCUCAAAUAAGAUUAAAGAAAUUUUGUCUCUGCUAGAUAAGAAGAUAGACAAACGAAGCCUUUAUCGAAAACAGGAGCUACACGAAAAGCCUAUAUUCGUAGAAGAGUUGAAAGCAGAAGUUAAAGCUGAAGUGCAUGUCGUUUGUGACAGGUUAAAGAGACACUUUUUUCUCAUGACUUCGGCUGUGACCGAUUCUGAACGGGGAAAGUGGUCUAUCAUAGCACUUCCCGACGCGAAAUCAACCGUAUUCACGUAUUUUGAGCAACUGCAGCAAACAGUUGUUCAUCACUGGAGGGACAAGGAUGUGUCACCAGAAGCGUUCGAGAAAGCCGUAUUAUUCGAAAACCCGAUUAGAGGGCUACAGCGCUAUCACGAAGAUAAGCGGCAGUUCUGGUGCAGGAUAGGCGGAUUCAUGCAAGAAAGGAUGAUAGCCAACAAUCCAGAACUGCCAUUCAUUGGGGGGCUCGUUGGUAUACUGGGCUAUGAGAUGGGACAAUACACGAGAAACAAAGAUACGGCUAAAUUGAGGCCUGACGCUAAGUUGGUCUAUAUUGAGAACUGUGUCCUGUUUAAUCACUUUGAAAAUACAUGGCAUCUUAUAUCGCAGAAAAAUGAUUUUCCCGAAGACGUUCGACAAGUCAUUGCAGAAGCUGUCGAUCGGUGUGAGGAAACAAGACCCACAUUUGACGAACUGCCAGCUGGAAUCACUUAUGAUAUAAAGCUACCGACAUAUGAAGCAUAUGCCGAAGCCUUCGAAAAAUCCCAAAAGUACCUCCACAAUGGCGAUUCCUACGAAGUGUGUCUUACAACGCAAACGACAGUCAAACCAAGCAAACCGGUAAAACCAUGGCGCAUAUUUCAAAGUUUAGCGGAGCGUAAUCCGGCGCCUUUUGCAAGCUUUUUCGAUUUCAGCGACUUGAGCGAGGAAUACAACAGCGUUUGCUUUAUUUCAUCGUCUCCCGAGCGGUUUAUCAAAUGGUCUCGCGAUGAUUGCGAGUUGCGACCUAUCAAAGGUACUGUCAGCAAGAACGUUUACUCAACAUUGGAGGAGGCAGCCCUUGUUUUGAAAACUCCAAAAGAGUUUGGCGAAAAUCUAAUGAUCUUGGACCUUAUUCGAAAUGAUUUAUACCAGCUUCUAGAUGACGUCGUGGUUGACGCUCUCAUGUCGAUUGAAGAAUACAAGACAGUUUACCAACUGGUUAGUGUGGUAAAAGGUCGGGGACUUCGGCUAAGCAAAUUUUCGGGAAUUGAUUUGCUAGUGCACUCAUUACCGGCAGGAUCUAUGACAGGCGCUCCGAAGAAAAUCACUGUUGAACUGCUACAGCAAGAGAUUGAAUCAGAUCUCAACAAGCACAUAAAUUCUGCCGGGGUGAGAGGCCUGUAUUCGGGAGUUACAGGAUAUUUAAGCUGCAACGACAAUGCCGAUUGGUCCGUAAACAUUCGAUGCCUAUAUUCUUACGACAAUGCGAAAACAUGGAACCUAGGUGCGGGCGGAGCUAUCACCGUUCUGAGCACUCUAGAAGGUGAAUGGGACGAGAUGCGCACCAAACUUGAGAGUGCUCUACAAAUUUUUUUGGACUAG